AUGGCGGCGGAACGCAUUUGGCUUGAAGUGAGAUCUCAGGACCAUUCACGUCUGGAGACCAAGCCAUGGACGAGCUGGAACUUGCCCAAGCUGAGGCUGAGUUUGUCCACGCUGGGCUUGCACAACACAGGGCCGACAGGAAAAGAGGUUCAUCCCUCUGUUCAAGCGGCGCCACAUGGCCACACGCCUCUUGGGUUUCAAACCCAAAGCAUUUCAAGCAAAGGGCCCAAAAGCAAAGACUGCAAAAACCACACCCACAAAAAAAACAGAAGAGCAGUGGCCAAGUACAAGGCUGGCCAGAAGGCCACCGGGCGACCCACCAGGCCAGGAAAGGGCGAGUUGAAGGCAAGGCAGUUCAAUCCGAGGGGAAAUGCUCCGAUGAUUGUCACUGGCUCAGAUUGCUCAGGUCUGGACACUGCUACUGCUGCUUUGAAAAUGGCAGGCCUCGAGCCCUGCACGGUGUCCUUGUCUGAGAAAGAUGCCCACGCCAGAAAAGUGUUGGAGAGCAAUUAUGCUACUGGUGGAGCUUAUGCAGUCGAGGGCAUUGGCCCACCCUGCCAGCCAUUCAGCAUGGCUGGUUUGCAGAAUGGCUUGCACGAUAAACGUGCUCAUGUGCUGCUGCGUGUUCUGCAGACGAUUAAGACCAUUCAGCCCCUGACAUUUGCCUUGGAGAAUGUCAAACCAUUAGCGCGGCACAAGAUGUUCAAGCUCCUCUUUGAUUUCAUUUUGGCUUUCCUACGUUCCAUCGAAGAUGCAAAUGGCGAGAAAGUGUACCAAGUGGAAUGCAAGGUUCUUGACACAAGCGUUGUAGGUGGCUUGCCCCAAGCGAGCGUGUCCAGUUUUCUGGACUGCACAGAUGUCUCUGACUUACACCACGGCGUGACCACGGAGAAAGGCAAAGCAAGGGUCCAGCAGCACCUGGUGUCAGUCGCCAAAAUGAUCCAGGAUUCCAUUCUGAAGUGUUCUGCCACGAAGGCGUCGCAGGCUGCUGUGUGGUGCGCCGAUGUGGGGUGCAGCUUGAAGCGCGGCGCGACAGCCCUGCCUGAAAAGUCACCGACGUUGACGCACAGUCGGUGCAAGUCUGGAGGUCACAUGUUGCUACCCAUGCAGCGGCACAUGACUUUGAAUGAAAUUGAAGAACUUCAGGGGUUUCCAGGAGGACAUUUACGCAUCCCUGCCGGAGUCAGCAAGAAGAAGUAUGCAGGCAUGCUUGGCAACGCUUUCACUGUCAGUGUGAUCGGCAGGGUUGCGUUGAAUUUGCUGAAAAUGGUCGGCAAGGUGCCCCCCGAACAUUUUGACCCAUGGGCAAUGCCGAGCAUGAAGCAUGACUUUGUCGACUACAGCCGCUUCAGUGGAAUGAAGUGCCGCUGCGUGAGGAGAGAUGGUCACACAGACUCAUAG